AGAUAAAGGGUUGGAUUUUUUAUUUAUUUAUUUUUAUUGUUUUGGGGGUUUACGGAUAAAGGAUUGGAUGGAAAUAGUAAUUGUAAUGUAGUAUUCAUAUGAAGAAGGGAAGUGGAGAACAGUGAAGGAAAGUGGGACGGUUGAGCGCUUGGGGAACAGAAAAUGAGGAUGAAGCUCAGAAGAUCAGUGCUUUUCUUGCUGUUGGUGACGGUUUUUGCCCCUAUUGUACUCUACACCGACACUCUUGGAGCGUAUUUCACUUCGUCUUCUUCUCGGAAUGAAUUUGUGGAAGAUGUUUCAGCCUUUACGUUUGCUGGUGAAGUCAGGCCAUUAAAUGUGCUACCUCAGGAAUCGUCCGCCACUUUGAAAGAACCAUUAGGCAUAGUUUAUUCGGAACAUUCAACUGAAUCAAGUUCCAAUCACUCUGAUGAUUCAGCCAGAGAAAAUGCUCGCAUUACUAGACAGCUCGCUGGAGAAUCGGGAGAAGAUGGGAUUGCAAGUGCAUCCAAUUUGCGCACUAGAAGUGGCGAGAACCAGUCUUUGGAUGAGAAUCCUAUAAGACAGGUGACAAAUGAGGUGCAUGAGUCUGCCGUGGAGACGAGGGGAAAAAGUCCAGAGGGAACUGAAUCGACUGGGAAUAUAAGUAGAGUGGUUGGAGAAAACGAUGUCGAAAAAGAAAUUAGUUCAAAGCACUCUGAGGGCACAUCUGAAAACGUGUCAAACAAAAUGGAACUAAAACAUCCAGAAAACUCUUCCCAAACCUCUGGCAAAGAUAUUUCAAGAAAACAAGUGAAGUCUAGAAGCGAGAGACAUAAAGAACAGACUGUCUUACCAGAUGCUCAUGUUCGUCAGCUUAAGGACCAACUUAUUCGUGCAAGGAUUUAUCUUUCCCUCUCAGCAACUCGAAACAAUCCUCACUUCAUAAAGGAGCUGAGGUUGCGUAUGAAAGAAAUUCUACGAACACUUGGAGAAGCCACCAAGGACUCUGAGCUGCCAAGAAAUGCCCUUGAGAAGUUGAAAGCAAUGGAGCAAACACUAUUACGAGGCAAACAAAUACAAGAUGAUUGUGCUACAGUGGUAAAGAAACUUCGUGCAAUGCUUCAUUCCACUGAGGAGCAGCUCCGGGUCCACAAGAAGCAGACCUUGUUCCUGACACACUUAACUGCCAAUACAAUGCCUAAAGGACUUCACUGUCUUCCUCUGCGCCUUUCAACUGAUUAUUUCAAGUUGAACAAAUCUCAACGGCAUUUCCGGAACGAGGAACAAUUAGAUGAUCCCAAGUUAUACCACUAUGCAUUGUUUUCAGAUAACGUAUUGGCAGCGGCAGUUGUUGUCAACUCAACAAUAACCCACGCAAAGGAUCCUUCAAAACAUGUCUUCCAUAUUGUCACUGAUAAGCUCAACUACGCUGCUAUGAGAAUGUGGUUUUUGGCCAAUCCUCCUGGUGAAGCAACAAUACAGGUCCAGAAUGUUCAAGAGUUCACGUGGUUAAAUUCAAGUUACAGUCCAGUUCUUAGGCAGUUAGGUUCUGCCUCCAUGAUUGAUUAUUACUUCAAGAGCCGUCGAGCUGAACCUGAUUCUAACUUGAAGUUUAGAAAUCCAAAAUACCUCUCUAUCAUGAAUCAUCUACGCUUUUAUCUACCAGAGAUCUUUCCGAAGCUGGACAAGGUUUUGUUCUUAGAUGAUGAUAUUGUAGUCCAGAAGGAUCUCACUGGCCUAUGGUCUCUUGAUCUAAAGGGAAAAGUCGUUGGAGUAGUUGAAACAUGUCGAGAGAGUUUUCACCGGUUUGACCGUUACCUCAAUUUUUCAAACCCUCUGAUUUCUGAAAAUUUUAAUCCUCGUGCUUGUGGAUGGGCAUUUGGAAUGAAUAUCUUCGAUCUGGACGAGUGGAGGAAGCAAAAUAUUACAGAAGUAUACCACAAAUGGCAGAACCUGAACCAUGACAGGCUGCUCUGGAAACUGGGGACUUUGCCACCCGGUCUGAUAACCUUUUGGAACCGGACUUAUACUCUUGACAAAUCUUGGCAUGUCUUGGGACUUGGUUAUGAUCCAAAUGUACCUCAAAAGGAUAUUGAGCGGGCAGCAGUUAUACACUAUAAUGGCAACUUGAAACCCUGGCUUGAGAUAGGCAUACCAAAGUUCCGAAACUAUUGGGCGAAAUUUGUCGAUUAUGAGCAUAUAUAUCUGCGGGAAUGCAAUAUCGCUCCUUAGAUGCCAUGUGAUGUUUCUUCUUCAGAGAUUUUCUGGAUUGCCUGAGCCAUUUAGAUUGCAGGUCUGUCCACUGUGUCAGUUGGUUUAACUUUGAGAAUCGGCUCAUAAGCUAUUUAGGUAUAUAAUUCCAUAGUGGAGAAAAUAGGAACUUAGAUAUGGAUCCUAUACAUCCAUUUUUGGUCUUGAUUGUUGCAGAGCUCCUGAAAUGCACUUGCAUUUGUAAAUGGUUCAACACAUAGACCCCCACCCACUGCACACCUCCCAAGAACGAACCUGAAUUCAUAUUCUUUUGUUGCUCAGAUCAUUCACAGUUGUGUGUUACCUUAAACCUGUACAUGUCGUGAUUCUGUUGGUGUCACUUUGUUGGUGGUGCAUUUUCAACAGCCGUUUCCUUGGCACAAGUCAUGGGUCGCUUGUAGCGUGUGUUCGUGUCAGUUGAGAUAAAUCACUGGACAGAUGGUGUUUUUAUCGAUGUACCCAGUCUUGGCUAACUCAAAAAAUUAUUCGUGGUUGUAUUUAUCUUCAAUUUUGUUGCCCACAUUGUUGCCUUGUCAGCAUAAGUAGCAAUUCAUAUAAUGAAGUGGCGUUUUUGCCUUGCACUUUGAUGUAUGCAAGUAAUAUGCAUGGAGCCUAUAUACAGGCUGUGGCGAAAGCUACAGCAUGGUUGUGGGCAACUGCUGACGAUUUUGGUUUUGGAUUUGCGUUAUUGGGCGAACGUUUAUCAUGACUUGUGACGCCAGAAGGAUCCAGCUUGUUCACGUGUCUCUCCUCACCAUCAUAAAUGUAUCGAUCAAAUUAAGAAUACAUCCCCCAGUUGCUGGCGUUGUAUGAUUGUGAUGUUGGGCCCAUGGAACUCGUACUGGGUGUACAGAUGAACGACGUAUAUCCUCGAAAUUUAGAAAUGUGUAUAUCUUUUAGUGUGUGUAUGGAUAAACGACCCAUAUCCUUUAAAUCUAGAAAUGUGUCAAUCAUCUAUUUAUUUGAUGUAUUGUGCACUGAUGUAAGGCACGGAGUAAGAAAACUAGGUCCUGUUGACUGUAUAAGAAUUCACUGAAUUCUCAGAGGGGAGGAUAUCAUUUUUAA